UCCUUAAGAUCAAUAACAACUCAAUGUUCUAGGCAGAGAGGGCCAUAUCAUUUUAGUUGCAAAAAUAAGCGAAUAACGAUCCUCGGAAAAAAUCAUGAAAUAAACAAAGUUAUACCCAUAAAUAUUUAUUUCUAUGAUAUUUUAUUUAUAUUUCUCAUUCUAAUUUUCCUUUUGGUGAUUUUAAUGAUUUUUAUCAGAUUGGACAUAAAAAAUACUAUCUUAUAUAUCUUCCAUAAUCUCCCACCCACUUCAACUCACCAACUCUCAUUCCACAGCUCCAAAUAUUUUUUCCAUUUUUCUUACAGAUCCAACAAUUUCAAGAUUUAUUUUCCGUCCUGAAGUUUUAGGCAAGUUGUCUCUCGUUUGAAGAAAAAUGGCAUCGCCAUCAGAUCACAAGGCCGCAAUCAUUGAUGGUAAAGCAAUCGCUCAAACUAUUCGUUCUGAGAUUGCUUCUGAAGUCAAACUUCUUUCAGAAAAGUAUGGCAAGGUCCCGGGGUUGGCCGUAGUCAUUGUAGGAAAUAGGAAGGAUUCACAAAGUUAUGUGAAUAUGAAGAGAAAAUCUUGCACUGAGCUUUGCAUAAAGUCUUUUGACGUAGAUCUCCCAGAGGAAGUUGCUGAAGCUGAAUUGAUUAGCAAGGUCCAUGAGCUGAAUGCUAAUCCUGAUGUACAUGGUAUACUGGUCCAGCUCCCGUUACCAAAACAUAUUAAUGAAGAGAAAGUUCUCGGUGAAAUCAGUCUGGAAAAGGAUGUAGAUGGCUUUCAUCCUCUAAAUAUUGGCAAGCUUGCAAUGAAAGGCAGGCAACCUUUGUUCCUCCCUUGCACGCCCAAGGGAUGCAUCGAGCUUUUAGUUCGAAGUGGGAUUACCAUAAAGGGAAAGAAUGCAGUUGUGGUUGGUCGAAGCAACAUUGUUGGAUUACCCGUAUCUCUGCUUCUCCUGAAGGAAGAUGCCACUGUUACUAUAGUUCAUUCACGUACCAAGGAACCAGAGAAAAUCAUUCGUGAAGCUGACAUAAUCAUCGCUGCUGCAGGGCAAGCUAUGAUGAUCAAAGGCAGCUGGAUCAAACCCGGUGCUGCAGUAAUUGAUGUUGGGACAAAUGCAGUAGAUGAUCCUUCUAGGAAGUCGGGUUAUAGGCUCGUUGGAGAUGUCGAUUUUCAGGAAGCAUGCAAGGUGGCUGGAUGGAUAACUCCAGUUCCGGGAGGCGUUGGACCAAUGACUGUUGCGAUGCUUCUGAAGAAUACAUUGGAUGGAGCUAAACGAGUUAUCGACAAGUAAACACUUUACUUCCUUUGGCUCUGUAGACUAUUACAAUAAAGAUGUCAUGGCUUCUUAGCUUGUUGACAAUACAUGCAUUUAGAAGAUGUCAAUUACAUUCAAGAAAACAACAAUGAGAUUGUUCUUGUGUAAUCGAGUUUUGUAUCGAAAAAAUCUUUUUAAAAAUUUAAUCUAUUGGUAAGAUGAUA